AGCCCGGAUGCGCCGCCAUGCCGACUCUUCCAGCGAAUGGAAUAAUUUAUUCACCAACCUGCCUGACACAGGGCGAUAGGAGUUGACUGAAGAAGUCGAGGAGACAGUUUAGAGGUUGUAGGAGCCAUAGAGGCGGACGGACUUGCACUCAAUACCCUCGCAGUGUUUACGUGUGUGUUUGCGUCGCUUGCCACCGCUGUGUUGAUGUAGGGAGACUUGUGUGCUAGCUAGGCUAACGUUAGCUCGAGCGUGGAGAGUGCGCGGUAGUGACAGUCCGGUCGGAGGCGGGGAGAGCCGAGAGGUGAGACUGUUACUUUGAUGGUGACUACACUGUUGACUGUACACGAAUAGGUGGACAUCUGCUAGAUAGUAUCACUUUCAUAAAUGUGACUUGCGGUUUCAAGUGGGUUCAGGCAGCAGCAUAUCGAGGUGGGUACUUGACCGUUUGUCUAUUAACGUAUUUUUGGCCGGAAUAGAGCUGAACGUUGAGUCGACGUAUGGCCCACGAUACAGCAGCUAGGAGCUAGCCUGCUAACUAGAUAACUGUCCAACACAGGGACCCCUAAACUUUUCAGAGCCAUAAAGUAUUCCAUGUCUGCAUCAGCUCCGAAAACCAGAAGAGAUGUCUGUUGAUGAGGAUACUGUGAAAACUGGCAGUCCACAGGCCAGCUCAGCGUCACCUCUGCAGCUCUCAGAAUGCACUGGAGGAUGCAGUAAUAUAUCCAUGAUGGUGGAGGGUACAGCAGCCACCCCUGAUUUUGCAGCUGCUUGUCCUAUCAUGGGCACUGCAGAACACACCAGCACCACUGACACACUCGCUCACUCAGACGGCGCUGGACAGAGAGCCAGAGGGAACGAGAAUAACUUCAAUCGCAGGAACAGCUUUCAUCAUUCCAAACAACAGCAACAGACGAAGCUUACAAAGCGCCGCAACACAGCCAACUCAAGCUUCAAGCAUCCGACGUCUGGCAAGAGGAGACGGAGGGCCAACUCUGAGAGUGACUCCGUCCUUCCAAGCAACUUCCUCCUGGGUGGGAAUAUUUUUGACCCACUGAAUCUCAACAGCCUCUUAGAUGAGGAGGUCAACAGGGCACUGAACGCUGAGACACCCAAGUCCUCCCCGCUGCCAGCAAAGAGCCGCGACCCUGUGGAGAUCCUCAUCCCCAGAGACAUCACAGAUCCACUGAACCUGAACAGUGGGAUAGCAGACAGCAGCUUUUUGGUGUCCCCCCUCAAGAGUGGUGGGAGGAAGAGACAUCGCAACAGGCACCACGGAGGAGGUGGAGGUGGUGGGAUUUCAACAACACAGAUCAACUACUCAGAAUCAGGGAGAAGUGAGUUAAAAGCUGGUACCUCCGCACCACUUCUAGACACGCUAGCAUCAUGUUCUGCACUAGAUAACUCCAAAGAAUCCAACAGUUUCUCUACUGUCACAGGGGACACCCAUGAGCACUCAGCUGACAACUCAGGCAGCUGCAAGGAGGAGAUGACAUCAGUAUCUCUCGAGGAUUCUGCUUCCUUUGUAUCGGGGGGACCCAACCAGCACACAAGCAGACGCAAGCGUAGGCGCAACUCCGGCAAAGCUGAGGCUCCUGUGACCCAUUCUACACCAAUAGGAAAGUCUGGAACUGGAGACCGAAGUUUUGGUACAGGAGGACAGAGACAUUCUCAGUUCUUCCACACACCAAGAAGUGGUGGUCCCAAGACGGGGCCAGGAGGUCGCCCACACCAGCAACCCCAAAACCAGGGAAAUCAGCAGCACCAGAAGAAGAAGUUCCAGUAUGGGAACUACAACAAGUAUUACGGCUAUCGCAAUCCAGGAACUAGCGAAGAUCCUCGUAUACGUGUUCUUCGUCCAGAGUGGUUUGAAGGUAAAGAUGUACUGGAUUUAGGCUGCAACUCAGGCCACUUAACUCUCUAUAUUGCCAAAAUGCUAAGACCUGCCCGCAUACUGGGCCUGGACAUUGACAGUGGUCUUGUAAAUGCCGCCCGUAAGAACAUCAGGCAUUAUCUGUCAGAGCUGCAGACCCAAGAGGCCAGGCGGGCAGUGCAGGGCACAAAACAGGAGGAGAGGAAUGGAAACAAGAGUCAUACAGACAAGAAGCACAAUGAAGCCGAGAGCGGGGAUGAAAAUGGGAGAGCAGUGAAAGGAGAAAGUGGCCCUGCAGAGGCUGCAAAUGACAAUGACUGCUGUCACACAGAUGAGGCAGGGACCCAGAGGCAGGACAGCAAAACAGAGGAAAUGGAGCAGGGAGAUUGUGAUUCACCCCCCACUGAUCAGUCUGUGAGCUGCUCUUUUCCCGUUUCCCUGCGGAUCUCCAGGGGGCCCAUUGCUGCACCUCCACUAACAGAGACAUCCUCCACACAACCGGGGGAGUUCCCCUCAAAUGUGUCCUUUGUAAAGGCCAAUUACGUCCUGGACAGUGAUAAUCUGCUUGUGACUCAGCGACCAGAGUAUGAUGUGAUCCUUUGCCUGAGUGUAAGCAAGUGGGUUCACCUGAACUGGGGAGACAGCGGCCUCAAGCGGCUCUUCAAGAGGGUCUACAGACAUCUCCGUCCUGGGGGCUUGUUCAUUCUGGAGCCACAGCCCUGGGAGUCAUACGUGAGGAGGAAGAAGCUGACAGAUAAUAUCAACAGGAAUUAUAACAGCAUUCGGCUCAAACCUGAUCAGUUUUCCUCAUACCUUACAACUGAGGUGGGCUUCUCCAGUUUUGAGUACCUUGGGGCCCCCAAGUGUUCAAUAAGAGGUUUUCAAAGGCCAAUCUACUUAUUUCACAAAUGACCGCUCCUGCCUUGAUGAUCAUUGAAUGUGAGUAGCCUGAAUCACCAACAGAAAACAAACCAGCCAGCUGCCCUGGACUGCAAGGAGUCAUCUGAUUCCUUCACAGUUUCUCCUGCUACUCAGAUGCUGAGGAGGACAUUGAGAAAGAGGAACGGGACCAAAAGUGGAAUUAAUUUAGUAAAGAUGAGGUAUUUCAUGGAGAAACACCCAUCAGAAUCCUCUGUGACUACAAAUUCUGUAAAGAACUAUGGAGUGAACUCAGAUAUGACUCCACAUGUCAAAGCUGAACAUCACAGUUUGACCAGACUGGAAGAGGUGCUCAUCCGAACUUAUCAUUUCCUUGGACUAUCCUAGUGCUAAUGAUGCCCCAGUUAGACUCAUGGCCAUAUGAGAUAUCUACCACAUAUUUCAACUUUCGUAACUUUGUUCUUAGCCCCCAUAUCACACAUUCAUUUAACAUAUCAAGGCUGGGAGAAAGGGCAGACUUUUUCAAAUGACCACUGCUAAAACUGCAGUGCACCACUUGAUAAAGCCAUCAUCAGAUCAUGGUGUAAUGAUUGAAAGCUACACCAUUGUUCAGGUUAUGUGUUUCAUACAGUGAAUGAAGCCUCAGGCUACUUUGCAACUACUUGUUGGUAUGAGAAAACAUCUCAUUAGAAUCCUGUUAAGACUAGAGGUUUCACAACACUAGUAUUUUACACUUUGAUACGUUCCUAGUAAAAAUCAGAUGAUAUCAAUACCUGUUUGAAUACCAUGUUAGCAUAAAUAUAGGUACUAGGCAGUGAAUCCUGGGUAAUUUCUGGUUUUAAAUUACCAAAAAAUACAGGCAAACUCCUGCCAACUUUCUAAAUAUCACCAAAACAUUGGUAAGUUUUCCAUAUGGAGUUUAGUUCAGUUCUUCAACUUUUGAUGGGCUAAUUUCUCUUCUACACACCCAUCUUAUUAAACAGAUGUAGUUUUCUCAAAGCUUUGGUGCUUUUAGAUACUAAAGAUCAUUAAAAAAGAAGUAUCAACUAUUUGGCGACCUUGAUUGAGAUAGCCAUUUAAAUGCACAUAUUUGGAGAAGUCAACACAUUCAAGCAAAUACCAGCAACCAAAGAUUUAAUAAAUCUAUCUCCCAACCCUGAUAGUUUGUUCUUUAUUUUGCAACACAGGCCAAAGAGCUGAAUGAAUCAAGCUGUGAGAAUUUAGAAGUCCUAAUUUUAAGUUGAACUAUAUGAAAAGCUAUUGAAUUGCACAAACCGGAUGCCCUCCAAAGUGAUGAGGGUCUUAAAAGAAUAUUGCACUAGCAGUUGCCUUCAAAACAGCCAAAUAACAACCAUUUAACGACAUAUUGAACACUAAAUCAUAGGGAUGUAACGAUAUCAAAAUCUCACGGUAGAAUAAUACCUCGGUAACAAGUCCACGGUACGGUAGUUGUGGUAUUAAAAACAAAACAACAAAUUCAGACUUGGGGAAAAAAGCUACAUUUAUUAAGCAGAUAUAUUAUAUAUUAAGCAGAAGUUGCACUAUAAAUAUGUGCAAAAGAAGUGUUGUAACUUUAAUCUGACUCCAGCAUGUAUACUAAGCUUCCAGAACCUUCGCUGUUCACCACUGAAAACAGCUGUAGGUCUACUGCGAAUUUAUUCACUGACACUCCAUGUGAUCUGUUGCAUCUUCGCCAGUCUUUUCAGGGUGAUGAUUUGCCAAGUGACUCCUUAUUUUACUCGUAUUCCCCAUCAAGUGUCACUGCAGUCUGACAGUGUCUGCAUAUUGUUUCUGUUUUGUGCAUAACCUUUUCUCCCUUUUCCUUUCUUGACACCAGAAAACAAAAAUGCUUCCAUGUCAGAUUUUUAAUCGCUGGAGCCUCCACAAUCUCAAAGGAUGUGCAAAGAAUGAUGCGUACACAAGGGCUGAUAGGAACUAUAGAUCCCACUUCCCUUUGCUCUGUUUCACCAAAAACACUGCACCUUUGCCCUGAAGACAUACCAUUUGAAACAGUCACAUGUCCACAACAAUGCCGAGGUGUUUCUGUCAUCGUGUUACCCAUAAUUAAUGAUACCGUUCACAUCUCUACUAAAUCAAGCCUUUAUGUAACACUGAACUGGCUUAAAAUCUGUCAUGGAUGACAGUGCAGUUUUGAAGUAUAUUAUCUAAAGAUAAAUAUUUGAAAAUGAAUUAUGUGGGCUUUUAUGCCUUUAUUAAUAAAGACAGUAGAUAGAGUCAGGGGAAGGACAUACAGCAACAUGCUGAGGGCCGCCCACUUUGAGGACUUUUACCUCUUUAUAAGGGGCUAGCAACAUAAGCACUAGGCUCACAGUCCCCUGGUUACAAAGUUUUGCAUUCAUUGAGAAAGUAUUUAAUUUGAGUUUGUUUUUACUGCUUUAUUUGACCCAGAGAAUUGAAUUACCUUGAAAAAUAAAUCCACCAGUUUAGUCUAAACAUCCCAUUUUGAAGUACAGUUUUUGGCUUUUUUGAAUGUAGACUCUUUGACCUGUUUGAGCUGUUCAGGAAGCAACAAAUCACUUCAUGGCUUCUUUAAGCCUUAUUAAUGCUCAGUCCUAAUGGUAGGGGGCACAUUUGAGCUGUGAUGACACCCAGGUGUGAGUUCAGCUCUAAAAACUCCAGCACAGACACCACAAAGAAUAUUUUGCAAGGUAGACCUGUCAUAGCCCUACCUAAUGUGUUGUAUACUCUGUCCUUUAUUGGGUGCUAACUAAGAAUCUAAUUAAGAGAUCUAUGUACCACAGAGGGCCUAAAACCAAGCAUUUUCAGUGCAUUUUUGACACAUGCAUUGUUUAUGUGGGCUACUUAUAACUACUGAAAAGGUACUAAUUCAAACAGCAGCAUUGUUAUCCUUUAGCUCUUAGACUGAGCUUUUGUAAGACUGAACAAACAUUUACAUCUGCAGAAAAUAAAUUGAAAAUGACAGGCAGCCACAUGUUUCUUAACAGUUUUACUGAUAAUAUGCUGUUUUAUAUGGAAGUGCCGCCAAAACAUUUUAAGGGUCUUUUGCUCCAGGAUUUGACAAAAUAUGCCACCAUUAUCUCUUUCCUAAAGAGGACUCUUAGAGAUACAGGCAGCCACUCUUUGUGAUUGUAUCUCUGUUAUUGUGCACUGACACUGCUAAUCUACAGCAUUUCAUUUUGAGUGGCUGGAACAGAAAAUCUGUCCUAUUUUGGCCUCUGGUUCACUAACAUUUGGCACACUGGGAUAGGGGAUGAUGAAUAAGAUGGGUAAUGUCGUGUUUCUAUUUUAGUAAAUGAUCAAUGUAAAUACUUUGGCAAUUUUUUAAUGUUGUCAAUAUUAAGUUCAUAACUGCUUUUGUCAUUUUCCAGUGGAUGCUUUUGUUUUGUCUUAUUUUCAGAUGUUUGCUGCCAAGUUGUGAGUGAGUUAGAGGUCAGGGUUUUUUGUCCUAAAAUGGGCCACUAAUCCAUCUCUGUAUCAAGAAAUGAAUCUGUACAUUUCAAAGCUCUGAUGUGUCUGAUUUGCUCUCUCACAGCGGGCAUGUGGAUUGUUAGAUUGGCUCUUUAUUUUUUUAUAAACUGUUUGAAAGGAGUGUUGUUGUCACUGCACUCUCAUUUCACUUUACAGACAUUUUGAAUUCUUUAAACUACAAAAAUCCUUUGACUAUUUUUUUUCUGUCAGUUUUUAUAAAAAGUUGUCUGGUUAACCUAUGAAAUGAAGCUUCAACUUAAAUUUGGAUUGUAAGUCUGAUUUCCCCCAUCAGUCAGGCAAACAACCACACCUUUCCUCUGAGCUAAGACAAUCGAAAUCUCAGCCCUGUUCUUAACUUUGAAUUAAUAGCUGAAGUUUUCCCUAUGCAGGAUGUUUGUUGAAGGAAACUAUUGUUUUGAGGUAAUUAGUGUUUUGCCAUCAGUGUUAAAGAUUGCACCUUAUUGUCUCAGCAGCACUACACUGCAGACUUUAACUCAACAAGCCUGACUUAUCAGUCUGUGUGUCCAAGAUGAAGUAUAUAAUUGCCUGAGAUGUGAAAAUUAAUGUUGUCAUAUAAAGUGUUCUAUAAAUG